UGGGGUUGUCUCAGGUGAGGAGGUCGCGCAGGAAGUGGCUCUGGCCGAGGCGCCUCUAUGUUGUACGGAGCCUGCGCGGGGAUUUGUUGUUAAGGGGGCGCGGCACCACCCAGUUGUCUUCACUUCCCAUUGCAGCAGCCAUGGCGAAAGGCAGAACUUCCGAACGGUCGCAGACUGGAGCACUCCAGACGACCCCAGUGGGGGACGGGAACGCGGGGACGCGGGGCCCUGCGGCGCCGGGGAGCAGAGACUAUGUAAAAGAAAAAGCCUGGGCAGAAGCUGGGUCAGCAAGAAUGUCACUCCUUAUAUUGGUGUCUAUUUUCUUAUCUGCAGCAUUUGUUAUGUUUUUGGUAUAUAAAAAUUUUCCUCAGCUUAGUGAAGAAGAAAGAGUGAAUAUGAAGGUUCCCAGAGAUAUGGAUGAUGCCAAGGCUCUAGGAAAAGUUUUAUCCAAAUAUAAGGACACCUUUUAUGUACAAGUACUUGUAGCUUAUUUUGCUACAUAUAUUUUCUUGCAAACAUUUGCUAUUCCAGGCUCUAUAUUUCUCAGUAUACUCUCAGGGUUUCUUUAUCCCUUUCCACUAGCCUUAUUUCUUGUUUGUUUGUGUUCUGGACUUGGUGCCUCAUUCUGCUAUAUGCUCUCCUAUUUGGUUGGAAGACCAGUUGUGUACAAAUACCUAACAGAGAAAGCAGUAAAAUGGUCACAGCAGGUGUUGCACCCCCCUCUUUUGUAGCAAUUAAAGCAGGAACAACACUGUACCAGCUUACAACUGCAGGGGAAGCUGUUUCCUGGAACUCAGUAUUUAUUUUGAUGAUUUUAGCUGUUCUUUCUAUUCUGCCAGCCAUCUUCCAAAAAAAACUAAAGCAAAAAUUUGAGUGAAA